AUGGAUAUAACCAAUGCAGAUAUACUAAAUAGAGCUCACAUAUGUCUCAAUAAUCCCAUAUACUCAGUCCAUCUCACCCUUUGGAAGUUGUAUUUUGAUGGAUCUAAAACCGACCUGGCCUCUGGAGCAGGAAUUGUUUUAAAAGAUCCAUUGGGGAUCAGACACUGUUAUUCAUUCCAGCUAGAUUUUCAAUGCACUGACAACAGAGCAGAGUACAAAGCCUUGAUUAUCUGUCUCGAGAUGCUAGUAGAACUAGGAAUCCAGUCUGUGGAAAUCCAGGGAGACUCCAUGCUUGUUCUGAAACAGAUUGUUGGAGAAUAUAAGUGUUUGAAUCUUUCCUUAGCUGUUUAUUUAAUGGCAGCCAGAAAUCUCCUGGCUGAAUUCAGGGAAGCAACUUGGGAACAUAUCUAA